AUGGCAAUAAGAAACCAAGAAGUUACGAACUCUUUGAUAGAAGAAGCAGAAUUAUAUCUGGGCAGACAUCAAAUAUUGGAGCUAUUUGAAGAUCUUUGCACGCUAUUAGCUUUUGAGAAACCAGCAGACGUAAAAGGUUUUCUUAUUAAUGAACUUAAAAAUCGAAAAGUGAGAGGACCAGCAGGAAAUGUUAUCUUCACCGAGCAAGAACUAAAAAAUGUGUUUACCUUAUUUGAUCUAAGACAAGAAGGGCUCCUAAAUAGAGAGCAAUGCAAAGAAGCCUUGAGAACAAUCGCUCAUUCUGCGCAUCAGCAUGAAACAGUUGACAAGCUAGAUGUCGCAGAUCGUGUUGACGUGAUGAACUUUAGGAAAUUAGUGAUGCAUGUCUUAGAAGGGAAAAGUAAAUAA